GGCCACUUCCGCUUCCUGCGGGAUGCGUGGCGGUUGCCGGGGCAACCAAACCUUACUUCCGCUCCGAGGACAAUCCGGAACUCCUGCUCUCAGCCUGUCCCGCGGCACUUCCGCUCUCUCGAGCCCAGGGUAUUGGAGUUGAGCUUCCUGGGUCAGACACUGCUGCCUCCAUUCCAGUCUGGGAAUCAAGACUGAGCAGCUGCUGUUCCCCUGGCGGAAUCAAGGCUAGGGAGUGACCUUAAGUAAAGUCUUCUCUGUGCCCAGACAAGGUGAGGACUUUCUCCAGCUGUAAUUAGCCCAUAAGGCAGCCCUAGACUUUGCCAACACCAACAGCUGAGCCAGAAACUCCAGGUGAUUAAUAGAGACUUCAGGGAAAAUGCUUGUGCACAAACAGCCCUCCCCUUCAUCCCACGUAUUUCCUCCCCUUAGCAAUUGUAGGAGCUGAUCCAGUCAUAGGAGACCGAACACCUAGAAAUGGCUGCCCCUCAGCCAGAGGGGGAGGGACAGGGGAAGGAAGACAUAAGGGGAAAAGAGAGAGAGACUGAAAGGUGUAGGGGGGGAAGUAACUGGGGAGAGAUUCUCAGAUCUCUGACCUGCCCACUCACACUUAUUGCAGCAUCCCUGGGCAGAUUCACUUUCCUGUGACAAGGUGAGGUGCAGGGAGAGGAAAAAAACAAUUUCCUGUACCACUAGCCUUGGGAGUGUGCUGCCCUGGGGACAAUGUUGGGAGGGGAAUCCCCCAAAGUCACUCCUUUUGUUCUGCUCUUGUUUUGCAAUUGCUUCUCAGACUUUGUUACUGGGACAGUUUUAAAAUGUCCUGGUGGUUUAGUGCUGAUGGAAGGGGAUGAAUCAGUGCUGUAAUAAAGUGACCAAACUUUUCCUCAGAAUAGAAUUAUGGAAAUGUAGGGCUGGAAUGAACCUUGAGAGGUUAUCUAGUCCAGCCCCCUACACUGAGGCAUUUGUCCAACCUGUCCUUAUAAACCUUCAGUGAUGGCGAUUCCACAACCUUCCUUGGUAACUACUCCAGUGCUUAACUAGCCUUUUUCACAACUUUGUCACAUGGCUGUCUCAGAUUCAGUUUGUGAUCCACUAUAACCUCCAGACCCUUUUCAGUAGUACUAGCCAGUUAGUUCCCAUUUUGUAGUUGUGCAUUGGAUUUUCCUUGCUUAAAAUGUAGUACUUUGCAGUUUUCUUCAUUGAAUUUCAUCUUGUUUUUUCAGAUAAAUUCUCUAAUAUAUAAAGGUCAUUUAUAAAGGUCAUUUUAAAUUCUAGUUCUUCUACGUGCUUUCAACUCUUCCCAGCUUGGUGUUAUCUACAAAUUUUAUAAGCGUACGCUCCACUCCAUUAUCCUUGCCAUUCAUAAAAAUAUUAAAUAGUACCAGUUCCAGGACUGGCUCCUGUGGGGCCCCAUUAGGUAAAUGCUCCCAGUUUGACAGCAAGCCAUUAAUACGUAUUCUCUAAGUGCAGCCUUUCAAGAAAUUGUGCACUCAUAGUACUUUCAUGUACACUACAUUUCCCUAGUUUGCCUAUGAGAAUGCCAUGGUGGCCUGGGUCAAAAGCCUUACUAAAAUAAAGAUAUAUCAUGUCUACAGUGUCCCCCGCAUCCAUAAAGGCAUUACCCCUGUGAAAGCAGGAAAUCAGAUUGGUUUGGCAUGAUUUGUAUUUGAUAAUCCAUGCUGCCUAUUACUUUUCACUUUACUGUUCUCUAGGUACUUAUGAAUUGAUUGUUUUAAUAAAAUUUUCUUUCCAGUUAUCUAAGGCUUGACUGGUUUUUAUUCCCCCAGGUCUUCAUUGUUCCCCUUUUUAAAGACCGGUUUUAUGUUUGCCCUUCUCCUGUCCUGUGGGACCUCACCAUCCUCCAGGAGUUGUCAAAGAUAAUUGUUAACUGUUCCAAGAUUGCUUCAGCUAAUUCCUCAAGUACCCUGGGAUGAGCUUCAUUAGGCCCUGCUGACUUUAAUAUAUCUAACUUAUCUAAAUAUAUUUUAGCCUGUUAGUUCCCCAUUGUGGUUUCUGUUUGUCCCACUCUUGAUUAAGAAUAAUUGUUUUAGUAUCUGGUCAUAAUUAAACUUUUUUAGUGAAUAUAAAAAGGCAUUAAACACCUUAAGUCUUCUUGAUGUCAUCUGUUAUGAACUCUCCGUCCCUGGUAAGUAGAGUACCUACAUAUUCCUUCACCUGUUUCUUGCUCCCAAUAUAUUUAUAGAACCCUUAUCUUGGUGCCAUUUCUAUAACUUGCUAGGCCUAACUCAUUUUGUGAGUUAAUCUUUCUGAUUUUUCCCCCCACAUGCUUGUGCUAUUCUUUUGUACUCAUCCAUAGCAAUUUGUCCAUGAUAGCACUUUUUGUAGGAUUCCUUUUUAUUUUCUGAUCAUUAAAGAGCUCCUGAUAGAAAGAAUAGUAAGUGGGCAAAAUAGCCCUAUCUUUCCUUCACAUUAUGAUAGUUUGCUGUUGCUCCUUUAAUAUUGUCUCUGAGAAAUCUCCAUCUCUCCUGAACUCUUAUUUUCAGCUCAGAUUUCAUUCCAUGGGACCUCAUCUACCAGAUCUCCGGGUUUGUUGAAGUCUGCCUUUUUGAAGUCCAUUGUCCUUAUUCUGUUACUCUCAUGCCUUCCUUCUCCCAGAAUCUUGAAAUCAUCAUUUCAUGAUCACUUUUACCCAUAUUGCUUUCCACCUUCAGUUUCCUAACUAAUUCCUUCUUGUUAGCCAGAAUCAAGUCUAAAAGGCUGUCCUCCAGUUACUACUACUUCAAACCUCUGAAACAAACAGGUGUCCCUAGUACAUUCCAAGAACUUACAGGUUUUUUUCAAUUCCUUUUCUAACAGAGGUCUGGGUAAGUAAAAUGUAUUUUGAAUUUCUCUGUUAUUUGUGCAACAGUCUAGAACACUAGUGUGCCCGGAAAGAGCCUGGGGGGUAAUUUUGAUGUGAAAUUAUUUCCUGUUCUAACAUGUCUGCAAUUGCCCUUUUUUGCUCUAACAGGCUGCAGUGUAACAUCCCUGUUUUGCUCCAGAUCAUUCCAUCCUUCCAGGGAAGGGAAAUGGCUGCAGUGGAGCCAGUUGAGGGGCCGGUGACCUUCGAGGAGGUGGUUGUGUAUUUCACCAAGGAAGAGUGGGCUUUGCUGGACCCCGCUCAGAGAGCUCUGUACAGAGAUGUCAUGCAGGAGAACUAUGAGAAUGUGACCUCGCUGGCAGGGUUUCCAGUUUCUAAACUUGAUGUCAUCUCCCAGCUGGAAAAAGGGGAAGAGUUGUUUUCCACAGGUCUCCAGGACUCAGAGGAAAGAAAGCUCCUGAGAGGUAGGUGUACAGGUGAUGGAAUGGUGAUAGAGACCAUGGAGCAGAAUCCUCAGCAGGAAGAUGAUGAAAUGGAACCACAAGAGUCUUUACUGCAAAGAUGCAAAGGGAGUGUGUCUAGGACUUGUGAGCAGGGAAAAGCCUGUGAGAGUCAGCACAGGCCAGAGAAGCGGCAGGGAAACCAGCCAGUGCAGAAAGCUGGAAAAUCUGUUAAUUAUCAGGGAACUCACAAGGAAACCAUGGCCCAGCAGAGAAUCCCCAUGGGAGAGAGAAGUAACACAUGUGUUGAGUGUGGGAAAAACUUCAGUAGGCGCUCGUGCCUUGUUAAACAUGAGAGAAUCCACACAGGAGAGAAACCCUAUGAAUGCUGUGAGUGUGGGAAAACCUUCACUGAGCACUCAAGCCUUAUUAAACAUCAGAGGAUCCACACAGGGGAGAAACCCUAUGAAUGCUCUGAGUGUGGGAAAACUUUCUCUCGGAGCUCAGCCCUUACUGACCAUCAGAGGAUCCAUACCAGGGAGAAACCCUAUGAAUGCUGUGAGUGUGGGAAAACCUUCUCUCAGAGAUCAACCCUUACUAACCAUCAAAGGAUCCACACAGGGGAGAAACCCUAUGAAUGCUGUGAGUGUGGGAAAACCUUCGCUCGGAGCUCAGCCUUUAUUAACCAUCAGAGGAUCCAUACAGGGGAGAAACCCUAUGAAUGCUGUGAGUGUGGGAAAACCUUCACUUGGAGCUCAGCCCUCGUUAACCAUCAGAGGAUCCACACCGGGGAGAAACCCUAUGAAUGCAGAGAGUGUGGGAAAAAUUUCACUGAGCGCUCAACCCUUAUUAACCAUCAGAGGAUCCAUACAGGGGAAAGGCCCUAUGAAUGCAGAGAGUGCAGGAAAACCUUCCCUCAGAGCUCAGCUCUUAUUAGCCAUCAGAGGAUCCACACCGGGGACAAACCAUAUGAAUGCUGUGAGUGCAGGAAAACAUUCCUUCGGCACUCACACCUUAUUAGACAUCAGAUGAUCCACACAGGUGAGAAACCCUAUGAAUGCUGUGAGUGCGGGCAAACCUUCACUCAGAACUCAAAUCUUAUUACACAUCAGAGGAUCCACACGGGGGAGAAACCUUAUGAAUGCUGUGAGUGUGGAAAAAUAUUCACUUGGAGCUCACACCUUAUGAGACAUCAGAGGACCCACACAGGUGAGAAACCCUAUGAAUGCUGUGAGUGUGGGAAAACCUUCCCUCAGCACUCACACCUUAUUCGACAUCAGAGGAUCCACACAGGUGAGAAACCCUAUGAAUGCUGUGAGUGUGGGAAAAACUUCCUUCAGCUCUCACACCUUAUUCGACAUCAGAGGAUCCACACAGGUGAGAAACCCUAUGAAUGCUGUGAGUGUGGGAAAACCUUUGCUCGGAACUCACACCUUAUUAGACAUCAGAGGAUCCACGCAGGAGGGAGAUCCUAUGAAUGCUCCAAGUGUGGGAAAUACUUCCAUCAGAGCUCAGCCUUUAUUUAUCAUCAGAGAAGCUGCAAGAGAGAUAAAUACCAUCAAAACCUUGUCUAGAGCUGAGGGAAGUUUUUGUUUUCCUUUUGCUAGUUCCCACUUAGUGAGUUUAAAGGAAGCUUUGUGCCCCCAUGGUCUUUCAGUUCCCCCAGCUGAGUUAUCUGCUUUUCCCAUUUGUAGCUCACCCUCCCUUGGCGGGGAGGAAUCCCACAGCCUUUUUCAGCAACUCAUUUGUCUUAUGUCAUGGAGGUGUGUGUCCCUCCAACCGGAAUCUCAAUCAAUCCCAGGUGGGGGAACCAGGAGUGACCUCAACUAAGUACAUGGAGGUUAAAUCUAUGUGGGCCUUGACUCAACUAGGAUUUUCCAUGGAGUUAGCUAGCUUCAAUUAGUUAUCCUAAUAUAAAAACACAAGUAUUUUUUCAAUUAAAAAAUACCCCAUAUAUGGUGGCCAGGAUAAUUUAGCAAAUUUCCUCAACACUUGGCAUAACCUCCAUCACUUUUCCUAGUCUAAACACAUUUGGAGCAUCACAUUUAAACUUUUCCUCCCAUGGCAAAUAAAUUGUUAGUCACCAGGUUCCCACACUAGGGACAGAUUGUUUCAUUCCCAGUUGUUCUCACAUUACACUGGGUUCUGCUGAACAUUUUUCUACCAGUUAAAUAUAACAAAGAGAAGGAGCAGGAUUAGGGAUGGGUGGCAAAAAUUUCAACCUCUGUGACACCUGAAGAAGUGAGUUAGAGGGAUUCCCACCUUCUGAAUUACCCCAGCAAUGUUUGAGCCAAAUAGAAUUUAUCUUCUCCACUGUCUACACCUCCACCCGUCAUUGUGUCUUAUGAUUCAGUGUUCUCAGUCCUCUGCUUGGGAAUCACAUUUUGUUUUCUUUGAUCAUAAAACAGUAUUUUUGAAACUGAGAUGACAGUGUCACAGACCUGCAAGGGGAAUUUGAAUGGAUCUCAAACACAGCAUGAUCACUGGGAGUUCAAAUCCCCGUUUCCAACUGUUGGGAAAGCCUCUUCUAGGAUUUUUCCUACUGAGAUGAGAUUGUUUGCAGAUGGAGAGGUUAAAUUUGCUUUGUUUAAUUUUCCAUUAUGAUGAUACUAGAACUUUUGAAAAUAAUAAAACUCAAGCAGUCAAGUGAUUAAAAAAAUUAAUCACAAUAUUAAAAAAAAUAAUUAAUUGUGCAAUUAGUUGCACUGUUAAAGAAUAAUAGAAUACCAUUUAUUUAAAUAUUUUUGGAUGUUUUCUACAUUUUCAAAUAUAUUGAUUUCAAUUACCACACAGAAUGCAAAGUGUACAGUGCUCACUUUAUAUUAUAAUUUUUAUUACAAAUAUUUGCACAGCAAAAUACAAAAUAAAUUGUAUUUUUCAAUUUACCUAAUACAAAUAAUGUAGUGUAAUCUCUUUGUCAUGAGAGUUGAACUUACAAAUGUAAAAUUAUAUACAAAAACAAAAAUAAAACAGUAUUCAAAACAACCC